GUACAGGAGUAAAGGAGGGAACUGAAAAGCAAAUGAAAAGAGAACAAGGGAGGAGGAACAGGAGCAGAAGAUUGCAAAUCUUUGUUUCUUGCCCCCAGGGGGCUGGAAUAUAAGACAGUUAAUGAGCACAGCUGAGCUGUUCAGUAAGAAGGGAAGCCAUGCCUUGUAUAGUCCACUCCAGUGCUUCAAGGCAGCCAUCCUAGCAGUGUGCACUAUUGUGUCAGGCAGAAAAAAAAAUGAGAGGCCUUUUGUGUCAGAAGGCCUCAGUAGGGAAGUGAUUUGCAACUUCCUGGGUCUGCCUGCACUGUGCAGUCAGACAGAGAACACACCACUCUGUAUGUCAUUGCCUAUGUGUGUCACAUCUGCAUUUUCUGUGGCCAACAGCGACACCGGGCUUCUCUUCACUCGUGAUGAAGACAGACGUCAGCCUGGCCAAUGAGUACUGAUAUGGAGGCUUGUCUGCUUUCGUAGACGAACAGAAGGAAGCAAGAUGGCUGCCCUUUAGGAUUUGUUAAAGAGAGGAUCCAGAGUGCUUUUUCUGGAAUUCUGCAAGGUGGAGGGACGCAAAAAAAGGUACGGUCAGAGGGCAGCCUUGUGGAUGUGUCCAGGACAAGACAGAUGGAACAGGAACAGGCCAAUCAUGUGGCAGACAAUAGACUGAGUCCGCUAUUGGUAGGGAAUCCCAGUAAAGUACACCAAACCGAAAAAUUCACCCCCAAAUUGCAAAAUGGAAAUCAGUCACCUGACCCCCACCAACAACUCCAUCGAAUCAAUGGAGAGUACACAUGGCUCCAAUAUAAAAGUAACCAAGACACGGGUCAAAUGAAGAGACAUCAGGAAAGCUGUUUGAGUCCUAUGGAAAUGCAGAAUCAAUUGGAAAAUCCCCAAUGUUUAGAAAAUGGUGGGAAUAAGCGCUUUUCUAGUGACUCUUCCUUACUGGGAUAUCAUCAGUCUAAAAAGUUAAAAGUGGACUUUGAUCUUAAGAUUGAAGAAAACAAAAUGACAGAGACGUGGAAUGAGACGAAAGUUGCAGAGAUGGAACCUAAGCAAAACACUUUACCAGAUCUCACAAAAUUUUUGGAUUGUCACUGUGAUGGUCUGGAGUGCCCUGACCACCUUCAGAAUCAUCAGAAUGAUCACACACUGGAAAAACAAUUUCACUGUUACAACGGUAAUGUUUUCUCCAGAAACAACCAGGUGCCAGAAACCAACGGUGCUACAGUUUUUUCUUCUUCUUUUUCUUCUUCUUCUACAACUACUUCUUACACUUAUUCUUCUUCCAUCAAGGAUGUACAUGAUGAUUUGCUGGAAAAAACACUGUCUCAGUAUUUUCCACAACAUGUUUCCCCUGAAUUGCAAAAAUGUAUAUCUCAAGAACAUUUGGGCAAAAGUCCAGCGGAUUUGCAAUGCGAGGCCAAGCAUUCACCUUGUACAUCACAGAUGGACAUUUUACCUCAAACCUCAGUUUCUACGCAGCCACAAGUGCCAGAAACGGUAUCUUCAGAUGUCCAAUCCCCCCGUGUAUGUAAUACACCAAUUGGUAACAGUAGCAUGAAUGCUUUCCAAGUAGUGUCUCAGCUGUCACAUGGACACAAGUCAUAUACUGCCCAAUCCACACCACUUCAUAAGCAGAAUGUGGACAAUACUGAGGCACAGAUCCCUCAAAAUAUCUUAUCACCAGAAUCAGAGGGUAAUGUGAAAAUUCAAACUGAAUGUUUGAAUAAUGAUCAUUUGACGAAGCCAAAUAUGCUUCUCGAUAAGGGGACUUUUCCAGGUUUAAACUCUAGCAACCCAUGUACUCAAGAUGAGACAACUUUCACGGUUUGUGAAGACGGAACUGAGAAACCCAUAGAGGAGAGCAUGCAAAUGGAUGAAUCCACAGCUGCUUCGUCUUCUUCAGAUCUACAGGACAGAUUACCAGAGCAUAAAACAAGGGAAGACCAAAAUACACCUAAACGCAGAGCUGAGUUAGAGUCAUCUGUGCCUCCACCAUUGCAGAACCAUCUACCUCUUUCACAGUUAUCCAUAAAAGAACCAGAAUCCUUGGAAUUUGGUCAGCAUGAGCAUGGAGAUAAAGCACUUCAGGGCCUAAUGACCUCCCAAAAGCAAGGAAGGGAAUUAGGAAAUGAAAUUGUAUGCAAAGAAGAAACAGAUGGAAUACUACAACAGCCACACUCCUAUUCUCAGAUAGAAUGGAUCACACUCAACUCAUCUCAGCCUCAGUCUCAUGAGAGUCUUCACCAAGUCUGGGAAAAUGUAAACUCUCAGUUACAUCAUCCAAAACAAGCACACAGUCAGGAUCAAAGUCAUUUGCAAAAUCCAAAAGUUGAAGAGGCAUGUCACAUGCAGGCAUUUAGUCCUGUAGGCAUUCAGCAGCAAGACAAGGCAAUCCAGCAAGCUUCACUGACUGAUGCGGCUAAAUGGCACAAAGAGAAUGUAAACCACUCACUGUCAACUUUAUUAGAAUCACAGACUCAGCUAAGUACAUGCCAGCAGUAUUUUCAUCCUCAGCCGCAAAAACAGAAUUCGUUCCAACCUCAACAGGAGCACUUAAGUGAAGAAGUACAAGGCAUACAACAUCUGUUACCUUCACAGUUUUUGCAUGAGCAGCCACAUAAUCAAAAUAUUCAACAGACACAGCAAUAUUUCUCUCAGGAUGCAAAAGACAAGAAAGCUUCCCAGGUACAACAUCUUGCUCAUCAGCAAUAUGACUACCAACUACUAGAAGCAUACAACAAAUUGAAAUUCUCCAAGGAACCACAUCAUAACCUAUUAGCUAAUGCACCUGAUACAAAUUUACCUGCAAAUCAAUAUCAGCAAUCAGGAAUGCCUAUGGGCAAACAGGCCUGCCAAAAGAACUUGGUGCAAUCAUAUGGAAAUAUCAAUGGUGCUAUAAAAGAGGAGCAUUACCAGUUCAAUAAAAUGCAGGAUGGACAGCAAUCCAGGUAUUCUCCACACCCUGGAACCUCAAAGCAAUAUGCAGAGUCACAACAAAUUCAGAGGUGUAACAUUCAGCCUGGAAAAAUGGCCAGCCAUUCCUCUCCUUCACAGGAAGCACUCAAGCCUACACCAGGACAGAGUGCACUAAGCUAUCAUUCUUCAAAAGAGCAUGGAAUUUUGGAAGUCUAUCCCAAGUCAGAAUUGCGUGAGUCUUGUGCAAAAUUUCCACAAGGACAGCUGCAAAGUUCGGCUCGGCAUGCUGCACUGCGUUGGCACUUGUUGCAAAGGCAAGAGCAGGCUUUCCAGCAGAAUUCAGGAGACUUUCAACGCAUUCUUCAGUCUAUUAAGGUUGAACAAAGCCCCCAGUGUGAACGUUCAGUGACAUCACAAGAUAGAGUUCUAGGAAAUUCAUCCAUGAAAAAUAAGAUUAAGCAAGAGUUUCCACAAUCUCAUUGUGCUCAGCAGAUACAACAGAAGAGUAUUAUUGCCACAAUGGAACAACAACUUAAACAAUAUCACGUUUCUCCAUUAUUUGAUAAAAAGCCAAUGACCACAAAGUCACCAAAACAGGUAAAAAUAGAAAACUGUGGCCCUAUAACUAUUCUGUCAACUAACACUAACUUGGCAACUGAAGAUGUUAGAGCCUCAACCCAGAAACGAGCCAGUUCUGAGAUUACUCCAACAAAGAAAAGUGGUCAUAACCUUAAUGUUUUUUUAGAGUCUCCCCUAAAGCUGCUGGAUACUCCAAUAAAGAACUUAUUGGAUACACCAAUCAAAACUCAAUAUGAAUUCCCAUCCUGCCAUUGUGUUGAACAAAUCAGUGAGAAGGAUGAGGGCCCCUAUUAUACUCACCUUGGGGCAGGGCCAAAUGUUGCAGCUAUCCGAAAAAUAAUAGAAAACAGGUCUGGUGAAUCAGGAAAAGCUAUUAGAAUUGAAAAAGCUGUCUAUACUGGGAAAGAAGGGAAGAGCGCACAAGGAUGUCCAAUUGCUAAGUGGGUAAUCCGCAGGACAAAUAAGGAAGAAAAAAUCCUGAUCCUGGUGCGGGAGCGAGCAGGUCACAGUUGUGAAACUGCAGUUUUAGUGAUCCUUAUUCUUAUAUGGGAAGGAAUAUCCAGUACUCUUGCGGACAGCCUGUAUGUCGAGUUGAGCGACACUCUAAGGAAACAUGGUGCUCUUACAAACCGAAGAUGUGCACUCAAUGAAGAACGAACAUGUGCUUGUCAAGGUCUGGACCCAGAGACCUGUGGUGCUUCAUUUUCUUUUGGCUGUUCCUGGAGCAUGUACUAUAAUGGAUGCAAAUUUGCCAGAAGCAAAUUGCCUAGAAAGUUCAGGCUUCUGGGUGAUGAUCCUAAGGAGGAGGAAAAACUUGAGUCAAAUCUGCAGAAUUUGGCAACUAUAAUGGCCCCCAUUUAUGGAAAGAUGGCCCCUGAUGCUUACAGUAACCAGGUGGAACAUGAGCAUAGGGCAGCAGACUGCAGGCUGGGACUGAAAGAAGGCCGUCCAUUCUCAGGAGUGACAGCGUGCUUAGACUUCUGUGCCCAUGCACACAGAGAUCUACACAACAUGCAGAGUGGCAGUACACUGGUGUGCACGCUAACCAAGGAGGAUAAUCGAGAUAUUGGUAAAAUAGCAGAGGAUGAACAACUCCAUGUUUUGCCUUUAUAUAAAAUCUCUGCAACAGACGAAUUUGGCAAUGCGGAAGCGCAACAAGAAAAAAUUAAGUCCGGUGCUAUUCAGGUGCUUACCUCGUUCCGUAGGCCAGUCCGAAUGUUAGCUGAGCCUGCAAAGACAUGUCGCCAAAGGAAGCAGGAUGCCAGGAGGGCAGCGGCAGCAGCAAAAGUUUCACACUCUGACACACCAAACAGCAAGUCAGAAAAGAAUACCAAUGCAAAAGUGAAAGAAGGCACUUAUGACAAUGUCCAGAGUACAGGUACAGGCCCUCACGCAGCUCAACUUUCUGCUGGAAACAUGCGGGCCAAUUUCCAAAGCCCUGGAUUAUCUAAUCAACAGUCGAAGAACCUGAUUCCAGGCUCUCCACACCUCUCAAAUUAUCCAAGAUUUCCAUCCACAUCCAGUCCAUACACAAAUAUGUCUGAAUCUUUAGCUUCUUAUCCAUGUUCUUCAACUCCAGGAAGUUUAACAGCAAAUUCUUUGUCAGUGCACAAUUCUUUUCUAAAUGGAUCCACUCCCACCAAGCAUAGUUCCAAUUCAGUGAAUCCCACCAGCCAUUAUCCUGGCUAUCAAUGUAAUGGAAGUAUUUCUGUAGACAAUUAUCUGUCAGCUGUUAGCUCAUUCAAUUCAAAUUCUCAAAAAAUCGACACAUUUCAGCAUCAAAAUUCAGAAACUCUUAGCAAGCUAGGAAUGCCACAAGUUCCAGCCUUUUAUCCUCAGCAUCAAUAUGGAAGCCAUCAAACCUACCGAGUUGGUUACCAUCAUCCAUAUGGAGAACAUGAUAUGCAGGUCAAUGGUUAUAGCAACUAUAGCAUGAAGAAUAGUGUCCACCAGAUGGGGCAUUACUCAUCUUUUGCUCCGAAUUCACAAGUCAAUGCACACUUUUUGGAAUGUAUUCCUCGCUCGUCAUCUGUCCAUCCAAGCCUUGACUACACAGCUGGUAGCAAAGCUGGCCAGUAUGCCAAUUAUCCCAAUCCAUAUCUAGUCCAUGAACAAAACCCUGCAGUCUUUGAUAGGAAUCCUGAUUCUUUUCAUACACAAAGCAGAAAUGAACUUCUUUUUAAAGGAUCAAAUGGAUUUUCUAAAAUGCUUCCAUCUCUUGCACCUGAACCUGGCACUCCCUCCAAUUCAAGUUACAGACAGGUAAAUGGAGAUGUACAAAAUGGCACAGUCCCCUCAGCUGGUGUGGAAAAUCACAAAGAAGUGGAUGAGGAUGCUUGGUCAGACAGUGAGCACAACUUCCUGGAUCCUGAAAUUGGGGGAGUCGCAGUUGCUCCAAGCCAUGGCUCAAUCUUGAUUGAAUGUGCCAAAAGGGAACUUCACGCAACCACCCCAAUCAAAAAGCCUGACAGAAACCACCCUACCAGAAUCUCUCUAGUCUUCUACCAGCAUAAAAGCAUGAACGAGGCAAAACAUGGACUGGCUCUGUGGGAAGCAAAGAUGGCUGAAAAAGCCAGAGAGAAAGAAGAAGAGUUAGAAAAGCAUGGUUCUGACAAUGUCCCUAACAAACACAAUGGCAGAAAGGUGAAACGGGAGCAUUCGGAUCUCCAUGAGCACUCCGAGCCACCAUAUAAACGUUUUGUUCAAAUGCUAGCACAACAGUCGAUGUCCCUGACCACUGACUCCAUUACUACUACAGCUCCAUAUGCCUUCACCAGAGUCACAGGGCCUUAUAACCGAUACAUUUAGCAUCAUAUUCAGGUCUUUCUUUCAUAUUUUCACAGUCUAGGGCUACAGUUACCGGCACUAAAACAUAUAAAACCUCAUUACAAAAAACCUCCUACUUAACUCUACAUAAAGUUUGUUCUAAGCUAGUAACUGGGAUAAACUCAAAGUGAUCCUAUGCAAAGAUCUGGGUUCUAUACAAGAGAAUUACUGUUCCUAUACAAUUGUACAUAGCCGUGAUCAUCACUGCUAGAGCUUUACAAACUGUGGUGUGGAGCAUUACAGUAUUUUUUUUUUCCUCAAAAUUCACUCUGGUGCUGAACGUCCAAUAUCAUCAGGACUGCUACUGGAAAUAAAUUUAAUUUAACUGCUUUUUUUUGUAAUUUCUAAAUUUAUUUAUCAUUAUCUUUUUAUAUAACUAUUUUAUGUACACAGCUAGGGAAAAAUGAAAAAGCUUGAUUUUGGGUUACUUAAUGUCUUGGUGCUAUAAAGGAAAAAAUAAUCACUUGCUCUAAAAUUUCCGCUAUAUUAUGAGGAUUCUGAUUUUAUGUUAAGGGUUCAGGCUAAGGAGCCAUUUAACUCACCCUGAGACGAAUUAGUUCCAAAAGAGAAUGUCUACAUUUGAAAUGUAGACGGGAUGAAGACAUCUGGAUGGCAUUUUAGUUUUAAUGAUGAACUGUAGGGGAUGUUUUAAUACUGGUCUUUUUGAAGCACUUUGCUUAUUUAAAUGGAAAAUGAUUUGAAGGAGCAAAAGCACCUUCACAUUUUAGGAAUUUACUGUAACUUGUGUGAUGCAAGGAAGACAUCACAAUACAUCAUAUCUAUGGUUCAGCCAUAACUGUGCUGGUGUGCUCUGUUUUAAAUUAAAAUUAAUUAGGUACAGUUCAGUGGGAUCUUACUGGAUAAUCUUGUUUUUUGUCAAUUCUGGUGCUUUUAAAACUGCUAAGUUAAAGGUGCAGAAAUUAAUAACCAGCAUUUUUAAAUGUGUUUCACAUGCUGUGAAAUUUUAAGGAAAAUAAAAUCAGUGGAUCAUGAGAUAAACAAUAUUAAAAUGGAUAAAUACAGAUGACUGUUGUCAGUCUAAACAUAUUCUGUUACAAAAAAAAGCCAGAAAGCGCUUUUACUAAAUCAUGGAGGAUGCAACUAGGAUGAGGUGUAUGUUAACUGUUGGAUUAACAAGAUAAAGGGCAGCUGUGGAGGUUUUAAAUCAUUGUAAUGUAAUUGUAUAAAAUAGUAAAUAAAGAGUUGUACAGUAAAUUAAAUUGGAUUUUUAUACCUGAAGCUUUAGAAGUAAUUACUGUAUAAAAUCUAAUACUUGUUUUUGGUUUGAGCUGAUUUUAUUUCAAAAUGGUGCUAUAUGAUCUCUUGUUAUAUAUGUCUAAUGUGAGUUUUUAUGUGCGGCAAGAAGGGUUUUAAGAAAUGUUCCUUGUUGUCAUAUACCUCAGCACUGUCUUGGCAAUAGGAUUGAGACAUAACAGUAUAAUUUGUAUUACUUUUUUUUUUUUUUUUUUUUUUACAGUUUUAUAUGUCAUCAUGGUAACAUUAAGAAAAAAAAAAUCCUUGAAGCAACAGUGAACUUAAAUGGUAAUUUGCAUACUUGAUGUAUCAACAAGUAUAACUUGAAAGAUGAAAUUUGAUUUUAAUUUAACGUGUUUCAAAAUCAGGGAAAAUGCAACUCAUAUUUUCCACAAACCAGCAUUGCCUGUCUUCAUGUGUCAGCUUUUUACUUUUUAUUUUCUGGUUUAUUUUUUACAUAUUGUAUUGUUUUCUUUGGGAUUUGUUAUUAAAUACUAGCUUAACUUUAACAUUUAUAAUAUUAACUAAGUUUUUAAGUAAUAUGUUUUGAAAUAUUUGUGUGUUUGUGUGUAUGUAUAUACAUACAUAUAUGUAUAUUUACCUGUAUAUUUAU